GCCAGACGCUCUGCUGGGCGCCUCAGUCUUUGCUUGGAAGCUUGACAUGGUCGGAGGAGGAGAAGGAGAGGCGAAGCGCGGCUAGAGGAAGGGAAAAGAAGGACCAGGGAUGGUUUGGUGAAGCCGGAGAAGGAGCGAGGCCCAGAGGCACAACUUUCCACACUUCGCUUUGGUGGAAGCUACCAUUUGUUUCUUUCUGUGGAGUUCACCAAUUGCUUCAACCAACACCCGCUGAAAUUGUAUCUUAUGAACAACUAAUGUAUUUGCAGCAGCUGCCCUAAAGAAACAGAAAGAUGAUGAGCGAUGCAAGUGAGAUGCUGGCUGCAGCUCUGGAACAGAUGGAUGGCAUUAUUGCAGGUUCCAAGGCUUUGGAGUAUUCCAAUGGCAUCUUUGACUGCCAGUCCCCGACAUCUCCAUUCAUGGGGAGCCUGCGUGCCCUGCAUCUGGUGGAGGAUUUGCGUGGUGUGUUGGAGAUGAUGGAAGUGGAUGAGAAAGAAGGACUGCGGUGUCAAGUUCCAGAUUCGACAGCAGAGAUUUUGAUUGAGUGGCUACAGAGCCAAAUGACUAAUGGCCAUAUAUCUGCCAAUGGAGAUGUGUAUCAAGAGAGGCUUGCACGUUUGGAAAAUGACAAGGAAUCUCUAGUUCUGCAAGUGAGUGUUCUUACUGACCAAGUUGAUGCUCAAGGAGAAAAGAUCAGAGAUUUGGAACUCUGCCUAGAAGAACACAGGGAAAAACUGAAUGCCACAGAAGAAAUGCUACAGCAGGAGCUGUUAAGCAGAACAUCUCUUGAAACUCAAAAGCUCGACCUUAUGGCUGAGGUUUCCAACUUGAAGCUCAAGCUGACUGCUGUGGAAAAGGACAGGUUAGACUAUGAAGAUAGAUUCCGGGACACAGAGGGUUUGAUGCGGGAAAUUAAUGAAUUACGCUUAAAAGUGGGAGAAAUGGAUAAUGAGAGAAUUCAGUAUGAGAAAAAACUUAAGUCUACUAAAUCUUUAAUGGCCAAACUUUCUAGCAUGAAAAUCAAAGUGGGCCAGAUGCAGUAUGAAAAACAGCGGAUGGAACAAAAAUGCCAAAUGUUAAAGGAAGAACUAGCAUCUCUAAAAGACAAAUUAGAACAAAAAGAAGCAGAAAUAAAAUGCUUGCAAGAAAAACUGGUUCACCCAGUGAAGGGAGAAGUGCUUGACAUAAACGACAGAGAUGAAAAUUGUAAAAAGAAGCUGAAAGAUAAAAAUAUUGAAGUACAGAAAAUGAAGAAAGCAGUAGAAUCUCUAAUGGCAGCAAAUGAAGAAAAGGAUCGGAAGAUAGAAGAACUUCGACAGUCUCUUAAUCGGUAUAAGAAAGUGCAAGAUAUGGUGAUACUGGCUCAGGUCAAAAAAGGCAAGGAUGAUGAAUGUGAGGAGUUGGCAAAUUCAGGAUCCAUUUCAGUAGCCUUGUCAGAUGAUGCACAGAAUCUAAGUGAACCAGAGAAGAGUUCGUCUCCUACACCAGGCUCGCCAAACCAUGAAGAGUUUGGAGCAAAAACUCCCGAAGAGGAUUCACUACAAAUCCACACUAGUGUCUUGCAAGUUUCCAUUCCUUCUUUUUCACCAUCAUUCAAACAUUCAGACGAACCUGCUGAUAAAGUAAAUGCCCAGUCGGAAAUGGAAGUUAGAGAUCAAGUCAGUGAGAAGAAUACACCAGUGUCCUCUAUAGAAGCACAGCUAGGUGAUACCAAAUUAACUUCAGCCCUGCAAAAAUCCAGUAGCUUGGGGAACCUGAAGAAAGAAUCAACUGAUGGCAAAGCGCCUGGACAGAAGCAAGAGGAGAGCAAAACGCCCACAGAUUGUAGCAAAUACGGAACCCUCCCUCCCAAAUCCCCUGGAGAAGAAGAUGCCUUUGGAACCCGUAAAGCCCGGUCAUCAUUUGGGCGAGGCUUUUUCAAGAUCAAAAGUAACAAGCGGACUGCAAGUGCACCCAACUUGGAUCGCAGUCGAAGUGCAAGUGCUCCCACCUUAGCGGAGACAGAAAAAGGAUUUGCAGACCAUUUAGAUCUGGCUGGCUUGCCUCCUCAACCUAAAGGUACUGUCGGUGGGACUCUGACUCCGCCUUCUCCUGACUCCAGAAAGAAAGCCAGAGGAAUCAAGAAACUAUUUGGAAGACUUCGACGGAGUCAGUCUACCACUUUCAAUCCAGAUGACAUGACUGAGACUGAGUUCAAGAGAGGAGGAACAAGAGCAACUGCAGGACCAAGAUUGGGCUGGUCAAGAGAUCUUGGGCAAACCAACAACGAUUUGGACAUGCCGUUUGCUAAAUGGACAAAGGAACAAGUCUGUAACUGGCUUCAAGAUCAGGGUUUGGGCUCUUACAUAGGCAAUGGAAAACACUGGAUACUCUCUGGUCAGACUCUUCUGCAAGCUUCCCAACCUGAUUUGGAAAAGGAACUUGGAAUAAAGCACCCACUGCAUCGGAAAAAACUUCAGCUUGCCCUGCAGGCAUUAGGGUCAGAAGAAGAGAACAGCCAUGGGAAACUGGAUUACAACUGGGUCACAAGAUGGUUGGAUGAUAUUGGACUGCCUCAGUAUAAGACACAGUUUGAUGAAGGAAAAGUCGAUGGGCGAAUGCUUCAUUAUAUGACAAUUGAUGACUUACUAUCUUUGAAAGUUGUGAGUGUCCUCCACCACCUGAGCAUCAAGCGUGCCAUCCAAGUCCUACGGAUAAAUAACUUUGAGCCCAACUGUCUGCGCAGAAGACCUUCCGAUGAGAAUAACUUCACACCAUCAGAGGUUUCCCAGUGGACCAAUCAUCGGGUGAUGGAGUGGCUGCGUUCCGUUGAUCUUGCAGAAUACGCUCCUAAUUUGAGAGGGAGCGGUGUUCAUGGUGGGCUAAUGGUUUUGGAACCUCGCUUCAAUGUAGAGACCAUGGCGCAGCUACUGAACAUCCCUCCAAACAAGACACUGCUGAGGCGGCACUUGGCAACUCACUUUAAUUUGUUGAUUGGGCAAGAAGCUCAGCUGCAAAAACGUGAAGCAAUGGAAUCUCCAGAUUAUGUCCUCUUAACAGCUACGGCCAAAAUAAAGCCAAAGAAACUCGCUUUUAGUAAUUUUGGAAAUUUAAGAAAGAAGAAGCAGGAUGUUGGGGAAGAGUACGUGUGCCCAAUGGAAUUGGGACAGGCAUCAGGGAUUGGAUCAAAGAAAGGGUUUAAGACAGGCCUAGAUAUGAGAGUGUAUGAUGAUGAGGACCUGGACAGACUGGAGCAGGUAAGGAUGGAAGAUUCAGAAGGUACCGUGAGGCAAAUAGGGGCAUUCUCUGAAGGCAUCAACAACCUGACUCACAUGUUAAAGGAAGACGAAAUGUUCAAAGACUUUGCUACACGUUCGCCUAGCACCAGUAUCACAGAUGAAGAUUCAAAUGUGUGACAGUGUCAACGCUGAACCCAUCUGUUCUGUGAUGUGGCGCGGAGCGCCAACGUUGUAUGUAAAUGAAUACAGUGCAUCAAGUAAUUUAGGGUCACUUUUUCAUCAAACAGAUAAUUUUCAGGGGAUUGGGAGGACAAGAGGUGCCUAUACUAAACUUGCCAUAAAUAAGGGGGGGCAACGCCCUAGAUAACCAAGUGGGGAAAAUAUUUUUUUUCUCUUUAAUGUAAAAAUGGUGAUAUAUUUUAAAGCAUCACAUGGAUAUGACUGUACUGCCAUAAUAUUGCUGUACAUAAUGUGCCAUAACACAUAUCUCCAAACAUGUCUUUCUCUCUUCUUCUUCAAGUAAUAGAAAAGGAAAAAACAACCAGCUACAGAUCUGGAAUCAGCAUUCAUUUUAGAUAUUUCUGCUGCAACAACAAAAACCAUUCUUGUGGUUUUUGAUUUCCAGUAUGAAUAGCUGAUGAAAAGUAAAUAAUAUCCAUCCCUGAUAUCAAAACCCAGUUUGUCUUAUUUUUAUACAAGUUUUAUUAAAAAAAGAAAAGAAAAUGUACAUACAAAUCCAAAGUUUUAUAUUGUGAUGCAAGGUGAUGACUUUUUUUUAAAAAAAAAGAGUAUUCCAGUUUGAAAACCAGCUGGUUACUGGAGAAGUCAGACUGAUAACGUGUACCUGUCCCCUCCUUAUGUGAUGCCUGCAUUCUUAUAUUAGGAAUGAAGACUGUGGUACUUUUCUGCAACAUUGAACAUCUUUGACGUUACCUUUUUCUAGUUUUAAAAUAGAAUUUAAUUUUUUUAAAUUGUCAUGGCAGGCAUGAUGUUGAUUUUUUUUCAACUGAGAAGCAACCUGCUGCUUCUGUGCAGACUUUUCUCAUUUCACAUCCUGCAGUAGAAGUUUUUUUUAAAAAAUUUGUGGAAGAGAAUGUUAGUUAAGUCAUAUUAUUUUACAGUAUUAACUCUUGCCUUUGAAGUACAGCUGAUAACAUAACAAACUGACUGAUUAUCCGUCAUUUGUAUAAAGGACAACAUGUAUUGCCUUUUUAAAAAAAGCUUGAAUUUUUAAAAUUCAGAUUACCCUGUAAAAGAUUGGCCAAGCUUUCGACAAAAUAUAUUUGACUCCUGUCUCUCUCUUUUCAUCUCAUUCUUACCCUUAAAUACUGAAAAUUCAUUCAUUACUUACACUAAAAAGAUGAUGGUGCAAACAUUUGAAAACACUAUUUGAAAGGAAUUACUCCUACUAUUGGUGCCAAUUUCUGUGCUCUGGACAUUUUGGAUCCAAAUUGGGGCUAUUAAUCCAAGCUAAAGUGUGAAGCUGAGCUUUUGACAUGUUCUCAGGUAUUCCUAAUUGGGAUUGCCAACUCCAGGCCAAAUCUAUUCAUUCAGCUAAAUUUUGAGGCAUGGAUUUCUCAAGAGUAUAUAGCCUUUCAGACUGCAAUUUCGGAAAUAUAUAUUUCCUCUGUAAAAAAAAAUCUGUUUAUGAAAGAAGGGCAUAUCGGGAAGCUCAAGCCCUGCUUUCAUCUUGGCUUGCUGGCUUUGUGCUUGCAUUCAGUGUUGUUGUUUAUAAUAGGGCAGGGAGAAGUAAAAUAUGUGAGCCCACUUGUAGCUAGAAAUUGACAUUUGUGCUGAGUGCUUUGAGGACUUGGCAUUGUGUCCGCUUUUGUGUUAAAUUUCUGAUCUUGAAAUGUUAUGCUUCACAUACAUUUAUUGACAGUUGUGGAGUUUGUCUCCAAAAGGUACCAGACCCCCCAACCCAAAAUUAAAAAGUGAAUUAUAAGUGACAGCACAUUGUUGGCCAGAGUAGGAUAUUAUGCACAGAUCAAAAUUAUCAAAAGGGAUCACUUUGAUCCAGGGUUUGGUAAAUGGUAUUUUAUAGCAAAUCAUUGCAUAUCCUCAGCAUGUUUUUUUAUUCCUGUAAAAUUUGUUCAGAUGGUUUUGGUACCUUUUGUAAACAAACUCCACAGUUGUCUUUACCAUUUAAUCAUCAGGCCAUUGCCAUUGCAAUGGCCUAAAUCCAGCAUUUGGUUUGUGGAUUAAAGUUUCUUGUCGUCAGUUCUACAGAUGGAAGUAUUUCUUUCAGCAGAAGGACCCUGUUGGACUCUACCAAUAUAUUUAUUGUGGACUCUCAGUCCAGAGUAAUAUGGGUUUUAUAAAUUGUUUUUGACUCCUUUAUUAUAUUUAGCAUGACUGCUUCCCCAGUAAAUUCAGAUAACACUAUUGGACAAUUGUUUCUUUAACUGUGAAAAUGUAUUUAUGAAUCAAGGAGUUCAUUUCCUGUGCCUAUACAAAAAAAAGGACAAACACACCUACCAGCAGUUCCAUAAGAUCAUUUAAUAAAAAAGAAUGUAUCGGGCUACAUCCGAUGUUAAUCCAACCGUGAGUAAAUCUGUUGAAGCAGAUUGUACUGAAGUUAGUUGUGGCUAACAAAUUCCAUUCAUUUCAAGGAAUCUAUUGUGGUAAGGUUAGAAUCGGGUUGGCAUGAUGUUAACAAGACAGGGUGACUGUCACAUAGAAAUUGGUUUGCUGCUCUAACAAGUACUGUUCACAUACUGAAAUAUGAAUAGAGACUUUAAGGGUAAUUGCCAACACACAUGGAAUUAUCAAUAAUCAAGCAGCAGUGGGCAAGUUUUGUGUUAUAUCUUUAAAAUGUUGCAUGUAUGGACAACAUCAGAUUUCUCUUUUUUUAAAAGCAAUUACAAUGUAAAUUUGAAAUUGGUUUAAUUUUGGUUGUCAUUUUGCCAGUUGGUUUAUUUCUAUGGUAUUUGGGAGAAGGAAGAGUAAUAUAAAACACUCAUCAUUAAGCCAAGUAAUUAAUGUAAAUGUGCACACGUGAAAUAUCGUUAAGGUAUUUUAUUGGGUUGCAUGUAUACAAAGAGGUUGGUGCAAAUAUAUAUGUAUUACCCAGUUAAAGUAAAUAAAUAAAUACCUAUUAAGAGAAAAA